AAUAUCCUCUAAUUACAGUUAUGGAUUUCUAUUAUAUGCCACCCUCUGCACCCUGCCGUGCUGUCGAAAUGACCGCCAAGGCUGUUGGUGUGGAAUUGAACAAAAAAAUUGUGGACCUCACCAAAGGUGAACAUUUGAAACCUGAAUAUCUGAAAAUCAAUCCUCAACACACCAUUCCCACCUUGGUCGAUGGUGAUUUUACUCUGUGGGAAUCUCGUGCCAUUAUGAUUUAUUUGUGUGACAAAUAUGACAGCAGCAAAAAAUGGUAUCCUGAUUGUCCCAAACUUCGUGGUGUUAUCAAUCAACGUUUGUACUUCGAUAUGAGCACACUGUAUCGGAGUUUUGCCGAUUAUUAUUAUCCACAGAUUAUGAAGAAAGCUCCUGCCGAUCCAGAAAAGUUUAAGAAAAUCGAACAAGCUUUUGAAUUUUUCAAUACCUUUUUGGAUGGUAAACAAUUUGCUGCUGGCGAUGUGAUAACAAUUGCGGAUAUAGCUCUCUUGGCAACAAUGACCACCUUCGAAACGGCUAAUUUUGAUAUCAGCAAAUAUGCCAAUGUUGCUAAGUGGUAUGAAGCCUGCAAAACAGCUGUUCCUGGUUUUGCUGAGAAUUUUGAGGCCAGCCAAAGCUAUAAGAAGUAUUUUGAGAAUUGA